CUCUUCGCGUAUGAAGAGGUCGGAGUUGCUUCGGGUGUGCCCGGGGGACAGCGGGUGUCCCCACUCCUGGUGUGUCUGCAGGGAGGGGAGCCCGGGCCUGGGGUUCCAGGACACGGUGAGAGGCCACCCUGAUGGACACACGUGCAGCUCUCCGCACACAGGUGUCAAGGGGCCGCCAGGCUGCUGAGCAGGGGGCUCAGAGCACAGGGCUGACACCACAGCAGGAAGAAGGGGAACACCAUGGAGAGAGGGUCCCAAGCCUGUGCCAGGGACCUCCCCUGGCUCCGGGGUUCCUGGACCUUUGUGGGAAUGAGGAAGCUGGAGAGAGGCCCAGAGAGGCCCUUCAGGGACCAGUUGUUUAUGAGAAAACUGGAGAGCAGAGUGACCACGAGGACAGUGUGCCAGGGCCAGGUGUCACCCUGAACACAGGCUCCACAACGGAUGGCAGAGGCCACUGGCGGCCGUAUCAGUGCAGCACCUGUGAACGGAGCUUCAAGUGCUACUCGGACAUGGCCAAGCACCAGAGCAUCCAUUCCGGGGAGAAGCCCUACGUGUGCAGCGACUGUGGGAAAGCCUUCAGCCACAGCUCCCACGUCGUUCGGCACCAGCGGGUGCACAACGGGGAGAGGCCCUACGUCUGUAAGGAGUGUGGGAAAGCCUUCAGCCAGAGCUUCAACCUCAUCAGACACCAGCGAGUUCACACUGGAGAAAAACCUUAUGAGUGUGCUGAGUGUGGCAAGACCUUCAGCCAGAGGUCAGACGCCAUUAAGCACCGGAGAAUUCACACUGGGGAGAGGCUGUACGAGUGUCAGGAAUGUGGGAAAACCUUCAUCCACGGGUCGAACGUGGCCCGGCACCAGAGGACCCACCACGGAGAGAACCCCUACGAGUGUAAAGAGUGUGGGAAGGCCUUCAGCCAGAGCUCCAAUCUCAUCCAGCACCAGAGGGUGCACACGGGCGAGAAGCCGUUCGCCUGCCAGCAGUGCGGGCGCGCCUUCAGCCGCAGCUCCUUCCUCAGCGAGCACCGGCGCAUCCACACGGGCGAGAAGCCCCACGAGUGCGGGGAGUGUGGGCGCUCCUUCAGGGCCCUGUCGGGCUUCUUCCGGCACCAGCGGGUGCACACGGGCGAGAAGCCUUUCCGCUGCGCCGAGUGCGGACGCGCCUUCCGCCUGAGCUUCCAUCUCAUCCAGCACCAGAGGGUCCACAGCCGAGCGUGAGCCGGCGCGUGUGCACGCGGGUGGAGGGGUGGGUGCAGCCCCCUCACAUUGCUGCCGGCCCCAUCCAGGUGGUUGCCUUCGGUCUGUCAGGAGAGCGGCU